CGUCCUCCCUGCCGGCAGCGUGGGCUGCUGUGCCUGAGACCCGGGGAUGGCGGCGGUGGCUUCGCGGGCGUGCGGGCUUCUGCGGCUCCGAGCUCCUGGAGCGGAGCGGAGGUGGUGCGGACUGCGCUGCUCUGGACUGGUGCAAGACUUCCUGCAACCCGGGGGCGAGGACGCGACCCAGAAGCGGCGGGUGGCCCACUUCACUUUUCAGCCGGACCCGGAGUCCCUGCAGUAUGGACAAACUCAGAAAAUGAACCUCUUCCAGUCAAUAACAAGUGCCUUGGAUAAUUCAUUGGCCAAAGACCCCACUGCAGUAAUAUUUGGUGAAGAUGUUGCCUUUGGUGGAGUCUUCCGAUGCACUGUUGGCUUACGAGAUAAAUAUGGAAAAGAUAGAGUGUUUAACACCCCGUUGUGUGAACAAGGAAUUGUUGGAUUUGGGAUUGGAAUUGCCGUCACUGGUGCUACGGCCAUUGCGGAAAUCCAGUUUGCCGACUAUAUCUUCCCUGCCUUUGAUCAGAUUGUCAACGAAGCUGCCAAGUACCGCUACCGCUCUGGCGAUCUUUUCAACUGUGGGAGCCUCACCAUCCGGGCCCCGUGGGGCUGUGUGGGUCACGGGGCUCUCUACCAUUCUCAGUGUCCGGAAGCCUUUUUUGCCCAUUGCCCAGGAAUCAAGGUGGUGAUACCCAGGAGCCCUUUCCAGGCCAAGGGUCUUCUAUUGUCAUGCAUAGAAGAUAAAGACCCGUGUAUAUUUUUUGAACCUAAAAUUCUUUACAGGGCAGCAGUGGAACAGGUCCCAGUUGAACCCUACAAGAUCCCCCUGUCUCAGGCUGAAGUCAUCCAGGAGGGCAGUGAUGUGACUCUGGUUGCCUGGGGCACUCAGGUUCACGUCAUCCGGGAGGUGGCUUCCAUGGCACGAGAAAAGCUUGGAGUGUCUUGCGAAAUCAUUGACCUGCGGACAAUCACACCUUGGGAUAUGGAUACAGUUUGCAAGUCUGUGAUCAAAACAGGGCGACUGCUGAUCAGUCACGAGGCUCCAUUGACAGGCGGCUUUGCUUCCGAGAUCAGCUCCACAGUCCAGGUAGAGUACCACGAUGCCAACUGUAACAUCUGUGCAGUUCUGUGCAUCUACUCCAGAAGGAAAGCUUGCUUAUCGCCAAAUUCCAAAGAAGAAUGUUUCUUGAACUUAGAGGCUCCAAUAUCUAGAGUGUGUGGAUAUGACACCCCAUUUCCUCACAUUUUUGAGCCAUUUUAUAUCCCGGACAAAUGGAAGUGCUAUGACGCCCUUCGCAAGAUGAUCAACUAUUGACCACAGAGAAAACCUGGAAGAUUAUGACUAGAUAUGGAGAUAUUUUUCUGAACUUUUUUAUAUUUCCUUAGACUUCAUUCUUCUUACAUAACAUUUUCUGAAAUGAACUAUGAUGGAUAUUGGCUGAAGAGCUGCAAAUCACUUAUUGUGUUAUUAUGAGUGGGUUGGGGGGAUUGAGCGUGUUAAAGAGCUUCGUGGGUGGCCUUGUAAUUGUUUCAUAACUAUAAAUAUUGGGUAGUGUUGUAUUCAAUAAAGCAAAAAUCACAUUGCCUUCAAA